UGCGCUCCAGCAUGACUUGUAUUCAAAAGAAAAAGAAAAACUUGCCUGCACUGUGAGCAACUCUCUCUCUCUCUCUCUCUAUCUCUGGCGACUAUACUUAGCUUUCUCAGAUUCUCAAUGGCGGCCACUUUUUCGAUGGCCUUCAAUUCAACCGCGAAACUCUCUUCCUCCUCCGUCCGCCGAUUCUCUCACCUCCGUAGCCUCCGGCCUCCACUCUCCGCCUCUCUCCGAUCGCCUCAUAUCCUCCAUACCUUCCCAUUCGCAACAACUUCCUCUGGUGUUAGAGCUCAAGUUGCGGCGGUAGAGGAAUCGAGUGUAGGUGUCGAACGGAAUGUGGAAUCUCCGGUUGUUAUUGUCACCGGAGCUUCUAGAGGUAUCGGCAAGGCCAUUGCUUUGUCUCUUGGAAAAGCUCCUUGUAAGGUCCUCGUAAACUAUUCAAGGUCAUCAAAGGAGGCUGAAGAAGUUUCAAAGGAGAUAGUGGCAUGUGGUGGUCAGGCUCUUACUUUUGGGGCUGAUGUUUCAAAAGAAGAAGAUGUGGAAUCGAUGAUUAAAAUUGCGGUUGAUGCUUGGGGAACAGUUGAUGUCUUGAUAAAUAAUGCAGGUAUAACACGAGAUGGAUUAUUGAUGAGAAUGAAAAAAUCCCAAUGGCAGGAUGUUAUUGAUCUGAAUCUUACUGGUGUAUUUCUCUGCACACAGGCUGCCGCCAAAAUUAUGAUAAAAAAGAAAAAGGGAAGAAUAAUCAAUAUAGCAUCUGUUGUUGGUCUGGUUGGCAAUGCUGGACAAGCUAACUACAGUGCCGCAAAAGCUGGAGUAAUUGGGUUUACAAAGAGUGUUGCAAAGGAAUAUGCAAGCAGGAAUAUCAAUGUUAAUGCUGUGGCUCCUGGGUUUAUUUCCUCUGAUAUGACUGCUAAGCUUGGAGAAGACAUAGAGAAGAAAAUUUUGGAGACCAUCCCCUUAGGGCGAUAUGGCCAACCUGAAGAAGUUGCAGGACUAGUGGAAUUCCUGGCUCUUAAUCCAGCUGCCAGUUACAUUACUGGGCAGGUCUUUACCAUUGAUGGAGGAAUGGUGAUGUAGACAGCUUUGUCCCAAGACCUUUGCCCAGCUUCAUCUUACAGGAAAACUGACUGAAAAGGCUCUUUAUCAAUUUUCAUUAUAAAUAUAGUUUUUGGUUGUAGCAGUAAUUAUUAAGCAGAAACAAGGUUUUGUGUUUGAAUUAUAUAAUUGAAGUAUAGGAAAUGUUGAUUUUUAUCCCCUAAUUUAAGGUUGGUACUUAAUACCUGUGUUCAA